AUGCGGAGCUCGAGUCAAUGCGACUUCGUGGAGUGUUUCGUGCAACCAAGUUUGCCCAACGGACAGCGUGCCAUUGGUACCAAGUGGAUCUUCAUGAUCAAGCGUAAAGCGGACGGAUCCAUCGAGAAGUACAAGGCAAGUCUCGUGGUAAAGGGUUUUCGCCAGAAGUAUGGCAUCGACUACACGGAGACGUUUUCGCCCGUGGUCAAGUAUGUGACGCUGAGAAUGGUGAUCGCAAUUUCCAAGCAUUUUGGAUGGCCCAUCUACCAGCUUGAUGUGGUGACAGCUUUCCUGUAUGGCGUCAUGAAGGAACAAGUGUUCUGCGUGAUUCCUGAAGGCGUCGAACUUGACAGUACGUUCGACUGCCUGGAAUUGGUGAAGUCAAUUUACGGCCUCAAGCAAGCGUCGCGAGUGUGGAACGAGACGUUCGACGAGUAUGUGUGCUCCAUCGGAUUUCAAGUAUCGGACUUCGACCCAUGUCUCUACAUCAAGACAUCGGACGGCCAUUGCGUGUUUAUACUGGUCUACGUGGACGACGUCUUGGCGACUGGAAGCUCGCUCGAGCUGAUUGCACAAACCAAGAACGACCUGAAGACGCGGUUCGAGAUGACGGACAGCGGCAAGUGUGCGUUUCGUCGGUAUGUCGAUGAUAUCCUCAAGCGCUUUGGCAUGGAUGAUUGCAAGGCAGUCGCAAGUCCAGUCGACAUGAGCUCUCGACUUGUUUCAAGUGAUGCAACUACCAAGGUCGAUGCUCCUUUUCGCGAAGCUGUUGGUGCGUUGAUGCACCUGACCACUGCAACGCGUCCGGACAUUGCGUUUGCUGUGGGCUAUGUGUCGCGGUUCAUGGAAAAUCCCCAAGAAGAACACUGGGUUGCAGUUAAGCGUAUCUUUCGCUACCUACAAGGCACUAAGACGCAUGGAAUUUGCUACAAGCCAAGUGCAAGGAUCGACUUCCGUGGAUAUUCGGAUGCGGAUUGGGCUGGUGAUCUUACCGACCGCAAGUCAACUUUGGAGUACACGUUCAUGCUACCUGUUUCGCCAGUGAGUUGGGGCAGCAAGAAAGAUCCAAGUGUUUCGUUGUCCACGACUGAAGCUGAAUACAUCGCACUCAGCUUGGCGAUUCAAGAGGGCAAGUGGAUUCAUCGUCUACUUUGUGAGAUCGUGAUGGCUGCCAAUGAAGAAGGACCGGAACUCAUGAUUCAUGAAGACAAUCAGUCAUGUAUCAAGAUGACGAAGAACCCGGUCAACCACGGCCGUGCCAAGCACAUUGAUAUUGAUGAACUUUAG